GUGUCAAUUACUACGGAUCAAGGAUCUCAAUUUGAAUCUAAUUUGUUCGAAGCUUUAACGAAAUUGGUCGGGUGUAAUAGAAUCCGAACAACUGCAUAUCAUCCGCAAGCGAACGGAAUGAUAGAAAGAUGGCAUAGAUCGUUAAAAGCAGCUAUCAUGUGUCACCAAACUAAGGACUGGGUAGAGAUCCUGCCUACGGUUCUGCUGGGACUCCGAACCAGCUUUAAGGAUGACAUUCAAGCUUCCGCAGCCGAAAUGGUUUAUGGUACCCCGUUGAGGCUACCUGGAGAAUUUUUCGUCUGCGAAGAGGAAAGCGAAAAUCCACAGAUCUUCCUGGAAAAAUUCAGACAGUAUAUUAGAGCUGUAAAACCUAGGCCAGCAGCGAAUCAUUCUAAAAGAAGAUCGUUUAUACAUAAAGAUUUGUAUACAUGUUCGCAUGUGUUCAUUCGAGUCGACGCGGUUAAAAGACCACUUGAAGCACCUUACGAAGGCCCGUUCGAAAUUUUAGAACGAGUAACUGACCACGUUUUCAAAAUUAAUUAUAAUGGUAGAACUGUUAACGUUUCAACGGAGCGAUUAAAACCCGCUUUUUACGAAGCGGAGAGAACGGAUGAACCAGCAGUCGCUCCCAGAACGUACACGCGAGGCAAAGUUACGUUCAGGUAGAUUUAUAUCUUCGAUG